UCAAGGAGCGAGGAAGGAUGAGAUCCGGGAUGAGAUGUCAAUAUUCAAAUCAAGGAUUGGAAGCAGUGGGGAAAAACUUUUAUUUAUACUGCAAUUGAAGAUUGGAACUUUCUACUACAACAUCUUAUACUCAAACAUAAGAGGGAAUCAAACCUGACGACAUGCAGUCUUAAAAAAUUGGAGUACAUACCACAGUGGAUCCAAUAGCGAUACUCUUGGGUUUAACCCGAGUCCGCCUCCAGUGGAAAGUGGUUACUAGUAGAGUAAUGAACAAGUUCAACAACCUCUACACAGCACCACACUUCAUUCAGCCCUGGAUUGUACCACCGUUGCUUACGAAUGGCAACCAGCCAGCAUAUUUCACCGGUUGCACGGACAGUCGUCUGUUGCAGCCGGCAAAUAUCGACAAGAGACUGUCCGGCUUGCCUGCUGGGUUCUGCUUGCCGCAAAAUGUUGACUACCUUAAGCUUGAGCAGGCACUCAAAAAUGCCGCUCAACUCAUCCAGCCGGCACAGCCGAUGACGCCACAUGCAAACUACUCGCGCAGCACCAGUUACUCGCGGUCGGAUAUCGACGCACAAUUCAACACGCAGAAUUCAGCCGGCUCUUUGCCGUCAAGUUCCGGUGCGGUAACGCCAAACAUGACGCGCGAGAACUUGCAGCAGUAUACGCCAGGAGCGACACCGUCCAUGAAAAAUUCGUCCAAGGGUGUCAAGCGUCAGCUAGAUGUUGGCUCCUUUAGUCCCGAGGGCAGAGAGCGUAGUGGUAGCAAGCGGCAUGUCAGUGAAUCGGACGUCACUGUUGAGGAGGCGGCGAAACGGUCAAGCUCAUCAGAGAGGAUUCUCCGCAAGGUGGCAGCACCUGUCCGCGUUGCCGACAAUUCGGAGUGGGGAUCGGUCUCUCAGGGUAUUUGGGAUUUCUAUGCAGCUCACAAGCAAUCUGACAAAACAUACCAAAGCAAGAUGAAAUUGCGAGAUGCAAUUUAUGAGGUGCUAAAGGAAAUAUAUCCUUUUAGUGGUUUGUACAUUGUUGGGUCAUCCAUGAGUGGCUUUAGUUCAGAGACCAGUGAUAUGGACAUGUGUCUAAUGCUGUCACAUGAUGAGAUUGACCAGCGAUACGAAGCGACGAGUAUACUAACAAGACUUUUCAGCGCGAUCACUAAAUGCCAGUUUGUUAGGCAGCCAACUCUCAUCCGAGCUAAAGUGCCGAUCCUGAAGUUCGUCGAUAGAGUGAGUGGCACAGAGGUGGAUCUAAAUGUCAACAACUCUGUUGGAAUUAGAAACACUCAUCUGCUGAACACGUAUUCAAAAAUGGACUGGAGGGUGUGUCCUCUCGUGCUGGUGGUGAAGCAGUGGGCCAAGGGUCAUGACAUUAAUGAUGCUAGCCAGAAGACCAUCGCCAGCUAUGCACUCGUGCUGAUGAUCAUUCACUACCUGCAGUAUGGAUGUGUACCUCCUGUACUACCCUGCUUACAGAAACUCUACCCUGUGAGUGCAUUUCACGAGUUGUUAAGUUUUCCUCUGCAAAAGUUGUUCAGGAUGAGCAAAUUUAGUCCAGACAGUGACGUACGCAGUCUAGUCCUGAACGAAGAUGCUCCGCAAUGGCAUUCCAAAAACCGGGAGUCCGUCGGAGCAUUGUUUGCUGGCUUCCUGGAAUACUACAGCAACAAGUUCAACUUCAGCAAGGAUGCAGUGUCAGUGAGGCUUGGAGCGAAGGUGCCACGGAGUACGGUCGUUAAACGAAGAUCGAUCAAACCGAAUCCCUCGUCGCAGUGGAAGUGUCUCUGCAUUGAAGAGCCAUUCGAUUACUCCAAUGCUGCCAGGUCGGUCUACGAUGAGUACGUGUUUCAGCGCAUCAAAGGCGUCUUCCAGAAUUCUUGGCGAAGGCUAAACUCAGCCAAGGAACUCGGGAGUAUCACAAAGCUGGACUGACACUGGUGACAGGGGCUUUCAGUAUCAUCCGUCACAUCGCACGGAAGAGACGCGAGCAAACAGAGAUGGAAACAACAACAUGACUGGUUGGCUAGUUUACCUGACGUCUUAAGUGCAGUACGUGAAGCAGAUAACAGAAGGAAAGGAAAGCGGGUUGUGAGUCGCCCGUAUGUGAUUCUCCAAGAGUUUAUCAGCCGGUUGAUAUUUUGGGAGUUUUUCUACAUGUUUGCGCGUUUUUCUGCAUCUACGUUGUAUGUGAGUAGGCUGCCCUCUGGAUACGUAUUGGGCAGGUGCACGACUCUGGGAUGCCUGCAUUAGGACGUGAAGGCUAAGGCUAGCCGGUGCUAGCUAGUGACUGAUUCUUGUGCUUGCCCGAUGACAGAAAGCUCGUUUUUGUAUGAUUCUGCGACUUGCAACAGUUGACGGGAGAUGGCAAUGCCUGCUGGUGUCGGUCGCACAUUUUGUUCUACACGUACCUCAGUUUAUAUACGGCCAAUCAGGUCGUCUUGUUAUUGCAUUUAUAUAUAUAUAACACCCUAUGAUUGAAGCUUCGAUAGUUACUACGGCAACGGGCGAAUGUUUGGGUCGCAUCGAAGCUGUGGGCGGAGGAUGCCUUGCUUUCCUUUGCGUGCUGGCAAACGUGAUUAAAAAUGGUUGGUUUCUCGUUGGCAGGGUUUUUUUUCUCUACUGUUUACCAGAAGUAUUUAGCGCGUUGCCUCUGCCCGUUGCUCUCACAGGGGUGUGGGGGAGGGAUAAUCUUCUUGUGAUACUUAGUUGGUUACUGCAGUUGCAGGUGGCUCUGCCCCAGUUGCCAUCUCAUAGGCGUCUCGUAGGUGGCUCUCAUAGGCUCUGACCUCAGUUGCCAUCUAAUGGGCGUCUCAGGCCAUCAUGUAGGUGCAUAGGCAAGGAAGGAACGUGGCACAUUCCCUCUUGCCAAGCUGACAUGAUGUGCGCUCGCUACAGGAACGUACAGGGAUUCAAAAGCAGUUGCGGCUUAUGCAGGACACGCACAUUACUGCCAGUCGUGCUCUCAGCGAAUUACAGUUUGCGCCAGACCAUUCCGUGAACUCCUUCUUCAUGAAGGCGGUGCAGUUUGUAGCGCAAUAUGAGGAGGAAGCUUUCACGAGGGAGAACAUCAUACCAGUAACUGUCAACAUUGAGUUAAUAUCGACAAGUGUAGGCAGAAAUUUACAAUGUAGUUACGAAUUUCUCUAAAGCCUUUUGGAAUUUCAGGCACAGUCAGAUUUUUAUAGUCAAAGGAGGCCUUGACACUGCUUAUACCUGCAGUCACUGCUGCUGCAUCCAAUGAGCAUGCUUGGGGGUAGAAGUGUUUGUAGGUAGGCAUGCUGGGCCAUUCAAAUUAAUCAUAAAAAGAACUUUAGUUCAUGGUUCCUGUUUUUCUUGAUUACUAUGGGUGCUGGUCUCUAGGUGACUAACUGAAAACCAUAAUUAUGUUGUCAUCUGUGCAUAGAAAAGGUCUAUGUUGGGUUUAUGGCUAGAUUGUUUGUAAUUGUAAUCCAUUAUUGUGUUUCUAGCUCUGGUAAGCAUCUUACACACACACUUGAUUUGUCACUACGCUACAAUUAGGGUUUAUCCUAAUAGUGCAAUAAGUUCCUUCUUUGAGAUUUUCUAAGUUUUCUUCUAAAUUUUUGCAGUUUAUCCUCCGAUGAUGUUAUGUAGUUAGCUCAAAUAUAUAUAUAGAGAUAAUACGAGUAGAUUAGAAGCGACGUGUUGUAGUUAUUGCUAACUAAUAGUGGUAAACAAUAUCAUAAUAUCCUGCUUGCAAACCGCAUUGUACAUUUUUUUUAUUUUUUGAAUGUGGGAGGUGAUUUUAUGUGAAAUAAACAUUAUAUUGUAAAUACUCA